AUUCAUUGCGUUUUUGACUGGCCAGCUGACAGCGCAGUAACUCAUUGCGCAUAUUUGCGAAAGUUCGAAAGGGGAAGUCAAAGCAAACGUGGUAUUAAAUUGAAAUGUAUCGUUGCCAAACAAAACAAAAGUGAAAUUUCGAAAAUUAAAUGCAAUUGAAUUGUUUGUUCAUCAUAAAGAAAAUGUUACAACAUCUGUUAAUUAGUUUAUUAAUUAUUUGUUUUUGUUUUGAUUUCACGAAUGCAGAGUGUGAUCGUGUAGAGACUAAGUUUGGUUUAGUUUGUCGUUGUACUGCCGAUAAUUGUGAUUACCUUCAGGAACCAAAUCUUCAAAAUGAUACAUCAUGGGUGUUAGUUUCUUCGAGCAAAAAUGGCUUGCGAUUUUUUCCAACAAAGGGACAUUUUGGAGCUGGUUCUGUAUCAAACAUCGAAGAUUACCAUAGUGCACCCCAAUCACAUAAUAGACAAUUUGAUGCCGAUGCUGUAAUGGUAGAUAAUAGAAAUUCCCUGGGGAAAAUAUUUGGCUUCCGUCAAACCAGCGUAUUUUCACUGCCCAAAACAUUGGAAAAGCCUUCCGCUUCCAUUGCGAUAAAUCGGAAUAAGACAUACCAAAAAAUUACAGGAUUUGGUGGAGCUUUAACAGGGACUGUGGCAUAUUUAUUGGACAAAAUGAAGCCUGAACUUCAAGAUCAGCUGUUCAAAACAUACUAUCACAAAGAUGGAAUUGCCUACAAUCUGUUACGAACUUCAAUUGGUGGUUGUGAUUUUGAUCUAGAACCUUGGGCCUACAAUGAGCGACCACAAAAUGAUGUCAACCUAAGCAAUUUCACACAGCUUGAUAGGCGCGACCUUUUAAAAGUGAAGCAAAUCAAACGUCUGGAAACAGUUGCCUUCAUCGAUGAUUUAAAAAUCAUGGCCGCUGCCUGGAGUCCACCGCCAUGGAUGAAAACAAACAAUGAUUGGACCGGUUAUAGUAAUUUGCAACCGAUAUAUUAUCAAACAUGGGCCUUAUAUCAUCUCAGAUUUCUCGAAUUGAUGCAAACCAAAAAUAUAACGAUUUGGUCCAUAUCCACUGGCAAUGAGCCUCUAAACGGAGUCAUUGGUUGGUUUUUCGUGCAUUUCAUGAGUUUAGGUUGGACACCACGAAAUCAGGCAAUUUAUUUGAAUGACUACCUCGGUCCGAUGCUGAAGAAAUCUCAAUUCAAAAAUGUUUUAAUAUUUGGCAAUGAUGAUCAGCGGUAUACAUAUCCAACAUGGUUCGAAAGGAUGAAUGCCACCAUACCCGGUUCACUUACAUAUUUAGAUGGCCUGGCAGUACAUUGGUAUUGGGAUGAUAUAUUUGGUCCCGAACUGAUUGACAACACCAUGACAUCUUUUCCUGAUAAACUUCUAUUGAAUACUGAAUCUUGUGUCGGCGAUAAGCCAUGGCAAACACAUGGUCCCGAACUGGGUUCUUGGGAACGUGGCGAACAAUAUAUCAAAGCGUUUUUGCAAGAUUUGCAACAUAAUUUCAAUGGCUGGAUAGAUUGGAAUUUGGUGUUGGAUGAAAGAGGUGGUCCAAAUUAUGUAAAUAACUUUGUUGAUGCACCCAUUGUGGUGAAUACCACAAAUUUUUCCGAAUUCUAUAAACAACCAAUGUAUUAUGGCAUUGGUCAUUUUUCAAAAUUUGUAUGGCCCGAUUCGAAACGCAUUGAUGUGAAAGUGUCAAGUCGACAGCGCACAAUGGAUGCAGUGGGAUUUCAACGCAGUGAUGGUGUGAUUGUUGUUGUCAUCUUUAAUAGUGCAUCUAUUCCCCAGGAUAUUACCCUGAAUGAUAGCAUUCGCGGCACCAUCAAUGUUAGUGUACCCCCUCGAUCUAUUCAUACAAUGUUGUUUAAGUGAGGAUGUUGGAUUAUGAACUGAGAAUGCAGAUGGUUGGAGAGAUUUUCGCUCAAAGAUUUGAGUGGAGUUUUGGAGAAGUUGUUUAAAAAUAAUAAUUCAAAUAAGUUAUGUGAUGUGUUAAGAUUUUCAGAAGGGAACUCAAA